GUUGGGAGACCAACCAGUUAGGUUUUCACUAAAUGAAUUCCAACAUCUCACUGGACUAAACUGUGGGGAACUCCCAACGGAUGAUGAUGCCGUAAUAAACCACCACACCGAGUUCUGGACGAUGCUCAAGUUACGGCCUAACAAAGGUCCAAGUUGGGUAAGCUUGGCUAGGUCGUUGGAUGAGUGCAUUGGUUGGUCUGUUCGCGACAGAACUAGACUGGGAUUGUUAUGUUUGUUGUCUAUUUGUGUUUUUGCAAAGGACCGGCGAGUUAGGAUUCCAGUUUCAAUUGCUAAGAAGGUGCUGAGGAGGGAUACAUUGGACAUGUAUCCUUGGGGGAGACUGGCGUUUGUGCAUCUGAUUAGCGCUAUCAAAUCUGCGGAUUUCGACAAAUACAGCCUUGUUAUGGACGGUUUCGUCCAAGUGUUACAGGUGUGGGGAUACUGGGCGUUCCACCGUCUAGGGGAGACGGUCGGAAAUAAAAGAGAGUGCGAGGGCGUGGAACUAACAGGAUGGAAAGGUAGUAGGAAGCCAUUUGACUUGGACCAGCUACUCUUGGAAGAUAUGAAAGAAUAUGGGAAGGUUCGGGUAACACACUUGCAUUAUCCGGGGGGAGAUUUGGUUUUCCCUAAAUGGGGAAACGAAGCUCAUGAUCCUUUGGUUCAUUGCAUGAUUAAAACAAUUAUGAGUCUUGGCGACCGCUUCAUGCAUACUGAUUGGCCUUCCGAGGGAAUGAAAGUCGGCAAUCCUCAACCGAAGAGAGAAACGAAGAGAAAAGCGUCAGUCAGUCGAAGUUUAAGCGACUCUAGCGGGGUUCAUGACCCAUGCGGUUCUCCAACUUCGACCAAGAGGAAGCGAGGCAAUAAUGUUAAAUGCAGAAAUGUUGCUGGCAAAGCGAGUUUGGCAGCAACACAAUCUGGCGGAUCAAAUGAUUUUUGGAAUUUAUCUCUCAGUUCGUAUCGAGCAAAGAUAAGAACCUAGGAUAAUGGCAAGUCGGUGUGCCCUGUUUGUAAGUGCAAGGUUAAAUUAGUGCCCUGCCUUUAGAACAACCAUCUUCGAGCUUCACGUUUUGGAGGUAAGAGCAAGAGAUAAAAAUCUCUUAUCUCACUUUUUUGUAUAAAGAUAUUUGGAGACGACUCUUUCUCUUACCUUCCCCUUAAAUAUGUUUGGAUUCUCGGGAAAUUAAGCAUAAAACUUAUUGUGGUUAGGGGUUUAGGCAUCACUAUGUAGCUACCCCACUUUUGGUUUUGUUUUGUGCAUAAAUCUUGUUUAAUUCCUUCUCUUGAACAGGUCUUUAAGUUUUGCUUCUUAAGUUUCUUUUUUAGUUUAGUUGAAUCUUGUGAGUUGUGUGACCAAGUAGAAUAUAUAUUCAUGAUAGUAACUAGUGUUGUUAUUUAGCAAGACCUAAGGCAAGAGAAAAAGAUAGAAAUUCCCUUUUGGUAGGACUUUCCUGCUUUGUAUGAAAA